AUGUCGACUGUCCAGAGUGUUCAGUGCUUCGGCAAGAAGAAGACCGCCACUGCGGUUGCCCAUUGCAAGCAGGGCAAGGGUCUCAUCAAGGUCAAUGGCCGACCGCUCUCCCUGGUUGAGCCUGCGAUCCUCCGAUUCAAGGUCUACGAGCCCAUCCUCAUCCUCGGCCUCGACAAAUUCGCCGGUGUCGACAUCCGCGUCCGUGUCAGCGGUGGUGGUCACACUUCGCAAGUCUACGCUAUCCGACAAGCCAUCUCCAAGAGCAUCAUCGCCUACUACCAGAAGUUUGUCGAUGAGCACAGCAAGAACCAGCUCAAGCAGGCUCUCGUGACCUACGACCGUACCCUUCUCGUUGCCGACAACCGACGAUGUGAGCCCAAGAAGUUCGGUGGUCCAGGUGCUCGUGCCCGCUACCAGAAGUCUUACCGAUAA